AUGUCUAAUCCUUUUAAAAGAAAAGUGCAACAGGCUCUUUCCACGCCGAUCCUCUCAAUAUUUGAUCCCAUGAAGGACGCCGUAUCUCUCAAAUUUGAUCCCAUGAAGGACGCCACGCCGUAUUUCUCAAUAAUUGAUCCCGAGGAAGCCGCCGUAUUUCUCAAUAUUUUAUCCUGUUCAGGACGACGUAUCUCUCAAUAUUUGAUCCCGUUCAGGACGCCGUAUCUGUCAAUAUUUGAUUCCGCGCAGGACGCCGUAUCUGUCAAUAUUUUAUCCUGUUCAGGAUGCCGUAUCUCUCAAUAUUUGAUCCCGUUCAGGACGCCGUAUCCGUCAAUAUUUGAUCCCGCGCAGGACGCCGUAUCUGUCAAUAUUUUAUCCUGUUCAGGACGCCGACGCCGUAUCUGUCAAUAUUUGAUUCCGCGCAGGACGCCGUAUUUCUCAAUAUUUGAUCCCGUGAAGGACGCCGUAUCUGUCAAUAUUUUAUCCUGUUCAGGACGCCGUAUCUCUCAAUAUUUGAUCCCGUUCAGGACGCCGACGCCGUAUUUCUCAAUAUUUGAUCCAGAGGAAGCCGCCGUAUUUCUCAAUAUUUUAUCCUGUUCAGGACGACGUAUCUCUCAAUAUUUGAUCCCGUUCAGGACGCCGUAUCUGUCAAUAUUUGAUCCCGCGCAGGAUGCCGACGCCGUAUCUCUCAAUUUUUUGAUCACGUACAAGACGCCGUAUCUCUCAAUAUUUGAUCCUGUUCAGGGCGCCGUAUCUCUCAAUAUUUGA